AUGUCAUCGGAAACAUGGCCUCAACCGCUCAAGGACUGGGUUGCAAAAUGUCUCGGACAGAUGACCGACACGAACCGCGCAGAGGCAUCGGCGGAACUAAAACAGGUAAUAGCUGAUGCUUUUAGCCACAAGACCUUGUGGACUACGGACUGGGCGGGCGUACAACUGCAAAGCUUGCUGCCAAAACCUCCGCCGACGUUCACUACGAAUUUCAACCUCAAGCGAAAGAAUGACGGCUCUCCCUUGUCGAGCGGCAAGAAGUUCAAGAAGACGUCCAUAUUGAAGAAUGCAGCUCCAAGUUCUCUCGACCCAAAUGACGUUACCGCUCUCAACCGCAGAGCUGCACGAUUCCAGCGAGAACAUGAGAUAGAACGUCGGAAGGGCUUGAGUGCCCACUCAGGUCUUGCACCCUCUUCCUACUCUAGUGUCUUCACGUCACGCGUCAGUACUCCUAUGUAUAAUGCCGAUGAUCCAGAAGCGAAUCCGAGCGUGCCGAACUGGGACAAACACACAAUCGUCGGAACGUCACAAGAGAUCUUCAAGGACUACCUGCGCUUGACUUCAGAACCCAAACCAGAGCAAAUUCGCCCAUACCACAUCCUGCAAGAAACGCUCAACCAGCUGAAGAGGCGGUGGCGAGAAAAAGCCAAUUACAGCUGGAUUUGCAGCCAAUUCAAGAGUCUGCGGCAGGACCUGACCGUGCAACGCAUCAAGAACGAGUUCACCGUUACGGUGUAUGAAAUACAUGCUCGUAUGGCAUUGGAAGUAGGCGAUAUGGUUGAGUAUAACCAAUGCCAAGCUAUGUUACGGAAUCUCUACGAACUCGGCAUUCCAGGAAAAGUUGAAGAAUUUACUGCAUAUCGAAUUCUCAUGCUACUCCACGGGCGGAAUAAGAGCGAACUAAAUCUAUACGUAGGUCAGCUAACGGACAGGCAGAAAUCCGACACGGCAGUGCGCCACGCACUUGAUGUGUCACGGGCUCUAGCGAUGGGCAAUUAUCAUUCGCUGUUUGACUUGUACCUGAACGCGCCGAACAUGGGCGCAUACAUCAUGGACCACUUCAUUGAUCGGGAACGGAUGCGUGCGCUGAUGGUUAUGACCAAAGCAUACCUGACGUUACCGCUUCCCUUCAUCCAGAAUGAACUGGCGUUCGAGACGCUCGCGCAGGCCAGGGAUUUUUUGAUAGAGCACGGAGCAGGCUUCUUCCAGAACCCAAACGAGCCAGACACACAGAAGGUACUCAAUUGCAAACCGGCACAAGCUCCGCUAGCACAAGUCUUCGAGGAGAAAUAUCGCAGGGUUCAAAUCAAAGGCGCUGUAUAG